AAAAGAUUAUAUGUUUUUAUUGAUUGUAGUUUUGAUGAUUGAAAAUGGAUUUCUACCCAUGAAAAGUGACUCGGAGUUGUUACACAAUGUUGAAUCCCUUGACGCUGUGCAGUUGACGAAGUGGAAGAAUAACUCUUCUAUUUAUGAAGCAGUUUUUUAUAUGCCUGGUAUGGAGAGCUUUCCACUCAAAGUUAUAAUGAGCCCUUUAGGAGCAAUGGUCCUACUCAAUGUUUUGAUCAAUAAUUUAAACUCUGAAACAUAUUCAGUUUGUUUGCCUGUCAGUAGAUAUGUUGUGUCACCGCAGGCAUCAAAAAUUCCAAUGAUUUUUCGAGAUUUGAAACAUUUGUCUACUGUAUUUAAGAACAAAAUUUUGUCUGUAGUCAAAAGUAUUAUUCUUACACAAUUAGGAUAUUCAAGUGCUAGUUUGAUUGGUGUACCAGAAGAAGUGUUUUUAAAAAUUAUGUUAUACCUCCCUAUUCAUGAAAUUAUUCAAUUAUCAAUGCUAUGUAAAAGAUUAAAUUAUUUAAUAGAUAAUGAGACUCUGUGGCAUGAAUUGUGUAUAAGGGACUUUGGUAAUCAGCUUAUUACCAGUUUUAAGGGCUGGAAAGAGGUUUAUAGGGUGUUAUAUAUUUCAAUUCAAUUCAAUUUAUUUAUUCAAUAA